AUGUCACACGCAGCCUUGGGCAGCAGCUCCGAGAUCACCACCCAGGACUUGAGGGAGAAGAAGGAAGUUGUGGAGGAGGCAGAGAAUGGAAGAGCUGCCCCUGCUAAUGGGAAUGCUGACGAGGAAAAUAUGGAACAGGAGGCUGGCAAUGAGGUAGAGGAAGAAGGUGGGGAGGAAGAGGAGGAGAAGGAAGAAAGUGAUGGUGAGGAAGAGGAUGCAGAUGAAGAUAAAGAAGCUCAGGCUGCCAUAGGCAAGUGGGCAGCUGAAGAUGAUGAGAACGAUGACUUUGAUACCAAGAAGCAGAAGACUGAUGAGGAUGAAUAGACAGCAAAAAA